GAUUGCUUUGUUGUGAACAUUAGGCAUUAACUCUGAUAGUUGGUGAGUAGAAAAUGGGGCGUGGUCUCACUAAUGAUCUACUAGUGUCACAGCUACGUCAACGUUUACCUUACUUGUCAAGGCGUGUGUCAAAGCCACCUGAGGAAGAAGUAAAUAAAAAGUUUGGGCUUUUAUCAAUGUUCUUGGUGUUUUAUUAAUAUUUUACGUAUUUGGCUAUUGAGUUUAUGUUGGUUUUAAUCUAUAGUGUGUCAUAGUGAAGAUAUUACAAUGUCCAAAAACAAAAUAAUGAGAACCAUUGUUGAUGGAUCUAAAAUUGAAGUGAAAAGCAAGUUUGAUGCUGAGUUUCGAAGAUUCAGUGUAGACAGAAAUUCUCAGAUUAAAUUUGAGGAGUUCAAAAGUCUCUUAGAAAAGCUACAUGCCUUAAAGGAUAUUUCAUUUUUAGUAUCAUACAUAGAUCCUAGUGAUCAAGAUCUUCUACCUAUCAAUAAUGAUGACAAUCUGAGAAGAGCAUUAAUGAAUGCAAAACCAUUAUUAAGAAUAAUUGUUCAAAGAAAAGGUAAUAGUUUGGAAGAUCUAAAUGGUUAUGGAACUCUUAAACCGCGCAAUCUCAUAUCUAGCAUACUUGGAGGAACACCAGCUCGCACAAAGACUUUACCUAUUUCCAAUCCACAUGAUUUCCGACAAGUGUCUGCUAUCAUUGAUGUAGACAUAGUUCCAGAAACGUGUAGAAGGGUUAGGUUACUAAAGCAUGGAUCAGACAAACCAUUGGGGUUUUAUAUAAGAGAUGGAACAAGCGUUAAAGUUACACAAAAUGGUUUGGAAAAAAUCCCAGGAAUUUUUAUCUCAAGGUUAGUACCUGGCGGUUUGGCAGAGUCUACAGGUCUUUUGGCAGUAAAUGACGAGGUCUUAGAAGUAAAUGGUAUUGAAGUAGCAGGAAAAACUUUAGAUCAAGUUACUGAUAUGAUGGUGGCAAACAGUUCUAACCUUAUUAUUACAGUGAAACCUGCCAACCAAAGGACUGUGGGUCCACCAAGAAGAGGUAGUUUUAGUAGAAAUUCACAAUUGUCUACAGGCUCACAUCAAUCAAAUACAACUGGUGGGUCAGAUCCUGAAGAUAAAUAUGAUCAGGAUGAAAUUGUAGACUUAACAGGUGUGCAUUUGGAAGACAGCACUCCAACGAUUACUACAAAGGACGACGGGAUUUUGCACUUAUGAAUACUAUAUAACAGCUCACACUCAACAGUACAUUCCAUGAUAAAAGGCAAUUAUUUUUACUUAAUUUAGGUUCUCUAUGAGACUAUAACCCACAGUAUUUCUUUUUUCAUUUCAUGUUAGAUACACAUAUGCUUGCAACGUCUGUAUUGUUCGAUGUCUUAAAAUAGACAUUUCCAUAUUCCGAAAAGUCUGAAGUUUUGGAAAUUGGCCACUAAAUUCAGUCAGCUGUCACUAUCCGUAAUUCCGUGGAAAAAGGUAUAGUGAAAGCAAUGCGGGGGAGGGGAUAAUGUAGAAAAACGGCGCUAAUUAUCUUAGGGAUCAUAUGUGAGGUUAUACUCGUACACAGACAAAUAAUUAUGUCAAAUGCAAAUCAGCUGUUUACGUCUAUAGACGUCAAACCGUGAUAAAUAUUGUGCGUUUAUACCACUCCAUGCCAAAAGGUGGCGCAGUGUAAACAUUUGUAAAAAUGACCAUCAAUUUUUUCAUCUUUGGUUGAGCGUUGCCGUUUAUUGACGUAAAUAUGCUUUAGAUGGUUCAAAAGUACUUACUAGUCCAUGUGGUGGCUACAUAGUUAAGUUCGUCAUUCUUGUUGAUAGUCCAUAUUAUUUGGGAUAUCAGGUAAAUAAUGUAAUUCAAUCAUAUUUUCCUUAUAACUUGUUACAUUGUAAAGAAGUUUAAAAUUCAUUCCAAAAUGCUGAAAUAAGAAUAGAUAUUGGUCGUUAUCAAAACAUUGAGUGAUCAGUGACAUUAAUAUAUUUACGCAAACGUGAUAAUUUUUUCAUGUCAAGGUCAACAAUCACUAGACUAGAGAUGUAAGUUCCAUUCGACCAAUGACUAUCGAUGCCAUUUUUGCAAGGUUCUACUUUUCCGUUAUUUUUUCGUAUUCUCGAUUUCACAAAAAGAAGUUGAAACAUGAAGUUAGGUUUUUAGUGUACUCCUAGAAACUGUAUUUCGUGAAAUUCUGAGCAGUACAAAAAUGAGUAAUUGAAACCAUGUUUCUCAAAUAAAUCUAGUAAUUGGAUCCCUGGUGUAUACAUAGUGAUUAUGAGACAAUUCUGAGUGUAUACAUAUUUUUCUUGAUUUUAUAAUUCAGCUUUUUUAAAUUGAUACCAAAAACAUAUGUUGUAUUUUUACCUGUAUAUGUCUUAUAUACCUUUUUAUUUAAUCGAUUAAAGUACUUAAACAUUUUUUUAAAUAUUUUACAUUUAAGAUAACCUUGUAUUGUUGAUAGUUUUGUUAAAUAUUCCGAGAUUGUAAGAUCAUUAUAUCAUGUACUUAAUAUUUUUAGUGAUUACAGGGUGGUAGCCAUUAUUUGUGGUGGAUAGCAAUAUACGUUAACAUUUUAAAAUUAAGGAUAAGCAAGUGAUCGAAUAUAUUUCCAUUUCUGCCACAAGUAUAUUUUUGCGGACACUGCAUUUAUAAUGCUAUAUAAUUUAGUUGGAAAUUAUCCCGUUAUUCCACCCUGUAUAUAUUAAUUUUAUAAUCCUGUUAUUCUAUUGAAAACUCGAAUGUUCAUAGUUUAUAGGCGAAAAUUUUAAAUAUAUUUUUUGUACCAAUCAAUUAUUACAC